GCCCCGCCCCCGCCCCCGGCGGCCGGCUCCGGCGGGAGAGGACCCCGGGCCCCCGGCCGCACGGCCCGCCGCGCUCCGGCCAUGACCUGGGCCGCGCUCUCCGGCCUCCUGGCCGCGCUGCUGCUGCUGCUGCUGCUGCUGACGACGCGCCGCGCGCGGCGACCUGGCGAGCCUCCCCUGGACCGGGGCGUUAUCCCCUGGUUGGGCUAUGCCUUGGACUUUGGAAAAGAUGCUGCCAGCUUCCUCACUAGGAUGAAGGAGAAACAUGGUGAUAUCUUUACUGUGCUGGUGGCGGGCAGGUAUGUCACUGUCCUCCUGGACCCACACUCCUAUGACACGGUGGUAUGGGAGCCUCGCAGCAAGCUGGACUUCCACACCUAUGCUGUCUUUCUCAUGGAGAGGAUUUUUGAUGUGCAGCUUCCGCAUUACAACCCCAGUGAUGAAAAGGCCAAGAUGAAACCGACGCUCCUCCACAGAGACCUCCAGGCGCUCACAGAAGCCAUGUAUGCCAACCUCCACACUGUCCUGGGCGACACCACAGAAGCGGGCAGUGGCUGGCAUGAGAUGGGUCUCCUCGACUUCUCCUACAGUUCCCUGCUCAGAGCCGGCUACCUAACCCUGUAUGGAGUGGAGGCACUGCCACGCACACCUGAGAGCCAGGCCCAGGACCGCGUCCACUCAGCCGAUGUCUUCCGCACCUUCCGCCAGCUUGACAUGCUGCUCCCCAAACUGGCACGAGGCUCCUUGUCAGUGGGGGAUAAGGACCGUGUGUGCAGAGUCAAAGGUUACCUGUGGAAGCUGUUGUCUCCAGCCAGGUUGGCUACACGGGCCCAACGGAGCAACUGGCUGCAGAGUUACCUGCUGCACCUGGAGGAGAUAGGCGUGUCUGAGGAGAUGCAGGCACGGGCUCUGGUGCUGCAGCUCUGGGCCACACAGGGGAACAUGGGCCCUGCCGCCUUCUGGCUCCUACUCUUCCUCCUCAAGAACCCCGAGGCCCUGGCUGCUGUCCAUGGAGAGCUCAAGCAUAUCCUCUUGCAAGCAGAACAGCCCAUUUCGCAGAUGACCACCCUCCCACAGAAGGUUUUAGACAGCAUGCCUGUGCUCGACAGCGUGCUAAGUGAGAGCCUCCGGCUCACCGCCGCGCCAUUCAUCACCCGCGAGGUCAUGGCGGACCUGGCCAUGCCUGUGGCCGAUGGGCGGGAAUUCACCCUGCGACGUGGCGACCGCCUCCUCCUCUUUCCCUUCCUGAGUCCCCAGAAGGACCCGGAAAUCUACACAGACCCAGAGGUUUUUAAAUACAACCGAUUCCUGAACCCUGAUGGAUCAGAGAAGAAAGACUUUUACAAGAACGGAAAGCGACUGAAGAAUUACAGCAUGCCAUGGGGAGCAGGCAGCAAUCAUUGCCUGGGGAGGGCCCACGCCAUCAACAGCAUCAAACAAUUCGUGUUUCUUGUGCUGGCACAAUUUGAUCUGGAGAUGAUCAACCCAGACAUGGAGAUCCCUGAGUUUGACCUCAGCAGGUAUGGCUUCGGGCUGAUGCAGCCGGAACACGACGUGCCCAUCCGUUACCGAAUCCGACCAUGAGCUCCGGGAGAGGACGAGGCUCUGCACACUCGCCUCCACCCAGCCUGCCCCCAACUCACCCAACUUCCUGUGACUACAUGUGUCCUGGGUGCAGAGCUUUGAACACCCAGUGGAGCCAGCAUUACCAUCUUCCUACUUUUCUCCUAGAAGGCUAUGUUCUGGGGAGGGGAAAGAAAGGAAGCUGAGAGGAGGCAGAUGAAGAAAAGACACCGAAAGCUCUGUGGGUUAUCUGCUGCAAAGGAUCAGUUCCAAAAUGAGGCUCUUUCCGCCCCUGGCUCACUUUGCCCCUCUCGCCUUAUGGUAAUCCCUAAAAGCUAGGGCAGAACUUCCUUCCUUCCUGUUAAGUUUCAGCUCCCAGAGGGCCACCAUCCAGUUCUUGACAAUACUAUGAUCCAGGCUUUAACCAGUGAAGACAGAUGCUAGCCAUAAAAACACCAGUCGGGAUCUAGCAAUGUGUCCACUGAAAUAAGCUCUGUCCCCAAAUUAUUAUUAAACUAGCUGAAGCCAAAGGAGUCCCUUAGAAUAUCUGUUUACCUAGGUGCCCCAUUCGCUGGAUGCUUUGUUCAUCUCUCUGUUCACGUGGAUGCUUGAGAAAAUGCCGGCUGGUGCAUCCAAGGUGCAGAUCAUGAGCACCCUUCGAAAACAGGGCUCUGAGGAGUAGAGUUCUGUGUUCUGGACGUACGGGCUCCAGAUGGCAGUGCCUUCCCAGUGCUGAGACUCAGGUAGGGAAUAAGAAAGACAGCCUCAAGAGGAUGGUCCCAGUGGGAGGAACCAGCAUGGGCUCCUUGGACUGGUCGAGCCAACAAAAGAAGGCACACUGGUUUCUUACAUUCUAGCUCAAAAGCUCCAGCCGUGGCCACUAUCCUUUCUACAGAUCUGUUUGGUUUGGCCUGCCCUUUAAAAAAUACAGUAGUUGUUUAUCCUCUUUGGGAGAGGUGAAUCAAAAUGUCCAGCUUCUCUUGAAAUCUUGGAAGAUCUGGCCUCACUAGGCCCAUAUUCCUAAGGGCGACUGUUGACCACAGCUGAGAAGCAGCUCUCUCCCUUGUCCGGGGCAUAUGUGUUCUUGCUCACCAGGGUUUCCCCUUGGAAAAUUUUCUUUCUGCUUCUCCAUUCACAGUACCUCCCGGCCCUUGCAGGCACUCAUGUUUGAGAACCCUGUUCUGAAAUAAUUCAAAAGUGGUACUGUAGGAGAUGAUGGCAACCUGCUAAUUGGUCCUCAGACCAGUGGCCCAUCCUAGCCCAGGGGCAUCACCCUUUGAACAAACAGGUCAGUGAUGAAAACUUGCCUAUGCAUCAGCUUUAAAAAGAAAAACAGGACAAUUCAAAGAGACAUUGCCUGGAAACCUUUAUUAUGAUGAUAAGUGUUAUUACUCAUUUAUGUCCUGUUUAUUGAGGAUGCUCUGAAUACCUGUGAUAGGCACGGCAGACAUAGUUCUGCCCCUCAUAGCAUCUCUGUUAAGAGAGGGUGGUUAUACCCUCUUUCUAGAAGCAGAAAUGGACUCAGAGAGGUAAAGUGACUUCCCUGAGGUCACACAGCUUGUAAGCUUGGUAGAAUUCAGCACUUAUUGUCCCAGUAGCAAAUGGCUGAAUGGGCAUCUCUGCGUUCCUUAAGCUCAAGGGGAUGGUGGAGGAGCAGUUCUGUUUGGCACUGGAGAACUGACUGAGCCAGCCACAGGCACCCAUGGACGGAUGCAUCUCAUGAGACACACAUACGUACAUAGUGAGGUUCCUGAAGCUUCAGCUGGAGGGGGAAGAGAAGACCUGAGAUCUCUGAAUGUAUCAGGAUCUAGCCUCUUCUUGGAGCAUGACUAGUCUUCUCAGAACAUCUCGGCUUGGGGGCUUCCCUGGCCCUCAGCCUCCAGGCACCCCCAGGAUUCCCAGACACUGUGAUUGGCAGGAGGCAGGAUAUCCCCAGGGAAACCCAUCUUCACGCCUGGGUGACCCCCGCCGCCUGCAUCUUAACUCCGCAGGAAAUCAGGGCUGUCAGCCUUCUGUGGGAGGACCGAGCCGGUUUCCAUGGCAACCCUCGCUGCCUUAUCCGGGCUUGGAAGGGGAGGAAGGCGGCUGGCAGAAAUAGCUGCAGGAAGCCUUCUCCUGCAGGGCUGCUCCCCCGUGUGCUGGGGGAAGGCCGGUGUGACCUCUCCCCAUCCAGGCGGCUUCGCCACUGAGACUAGAUUCUCACCUAUGUUCAGGAAAAGGCUGAUUCCCUUUAAAGGUGGCACCUCCGUGGAGCCACUGUCGUUAGGAAGAGACGAUUCUCCCACCAGGCAGCUCCAGCUGGUGAGGAGAUACUGAAGCACAGCUUGGGAGACAGUGCUCUACAGCCUUCCUCGUUUAAAUCUUUAUUAUUUUCCUUUUUUUUUAAUUCUUAAAAAAAAGAAAACACCCACCCCACCAUAUAUAUAAGCUACGGAGAAAAGAGGAAGAGAUGAGUAGGUUAACCCCUUGCUGCAGGCUAGUCGGGAAGGUACCCCGACGUCAUUGUAUUUCUUCAUACCUUGCUUUAGUAUCACAAAAUUGCACAAUAUAUGUUAGAAAUACUCUGAAUUCACCUAAUAAAGUGUUUCCUUACCAUUGUCA